AUUAAAGUUGUUUUUUAUUCGCGAGACGAUCAGUGUGAAAAAUGGUGACGACGAAAUUUGCUUUGUUUUUAAAUUGAUUGCGUGAAAAAUUCUGCUACAGCGUUUGAAAUUUGUCUGAGUUAACGAAAUAAGUAUCGCGGCGUUCGGUUGUGGUGUGAUCGUGGCAAACAUUGUCCGGAACCAGAGAGUUGGGAACAGCAGCCCUCGUCAAUCGGAGUGCAAAAGAUCCGAUACUUUUUUGAGUGCUAAUGUAAUAGUAUGGUAUCACGGUUCGAACGCCUAAUGGGGUGCUCCUCAAUCCCAAUAGGAGAACUCUCGCCCGAUAGCAACUCGCAGUGCUCGGGCCGGGGUGACUGUCUCAAUGGAACCUGCCUCUGUGAAAUCCGCUACACCGGAGACGAGUGCUCCGGAUUCAAUUUCCCGUAUCAUGCUGGUAUCUCUUCCGUGUUCUACUUUGUGGCGUUUAUCUCCCUGGUACAGUUGAUGAUCUGUAUCAUUGCCGAAUAUCAGAGGCUUAAGCAGCCAAGCUUUCUAAGAGCCUGUCGGUUGACGACCCAAAAGCUACUGUACUUUUUCGUCUUUAUCGCAUCGGUGCUGCGGGGGGCGUAUUUCACUACUCCGGAAACGCUCCAGCCAGCAUGGGUGUCUUAUCUUAUGUCGGCGUACUAUCCGUUGGUGAUGACCUGUGCGUCGCUCGUUGUUUGUUUGUGGGCUGAGAUAUUCCACCUGCGCGACAUCCGCUGGGAGCGGUCCCAGUUCCUGUCCAAGAGCUUUCUCGGCUUCCUGGCGUUCAACCUGCUGCCGUACAGUCUGUUUCUGGCCGAGAUUGCCUACUCGCAUCUGUUUUCCGGCCGCAAUACACACUUCUUCAACGGCUGCUACGCGGCCCUGCUGCUGAUCGUGGUCAUCUUUUUCCUCAUCUACGGUGUGGAGGUGUUUUUCAAGGUACGCGGCGGUUUCGUGUACGAUUUUGGCACCGUUCCAAACAGUGAAAAUGUGAACGCCUCCCAGCUGCACCAGUCACGGUUCGGUUUGCUCAGCCAGGCGAUUAUGUUGAUCGUCAUUAUAGGCUUCUUGACGUCGGAAACGUUGGGUGAUUUUUGGAAAAAGAAGGUACCAGUGUACUCCCGAAACUGGCACGACAUCGUCUUUCGGUUGGCAGAAGUCGGCGUGGCCCUGUGGUUUCCCUGCUGUCUAUGGAACUCGAUGGCCCCGGAACAGUUGUGGAUUCUGAAUCCACGCAAGUUGUUGACGCGUCAGAUCGACCCGGUUGCAGCCGGAGCCAGUAGUUCCUCGGAACCGGAAGCGUCUACAUCGACAGCCGAAGAGGGACAGUCGUUCCUGGCCAAGAAGGACUGCUGGAUUUGUUACGAUGGCGAAAAGCUUGAACCGCUGAUUCAACCCUGCAAAUGUACCGGCGAUGUGAGCUCGGUGCAUCACGAGUGUUUGCGUCGUUGGUUGGUGGAAAGUUGUGCCAAUUCUGAUACGGUAUUGAAGUGCAAAGUUUGCGAGUCACCGUACGAAAUCGAGCGGUCCAAUCGACUCGAUUGGGAGAAAGGCUUUACGAUACAGCACUGGGCCAAGACGAUCAUCAUCGUAACGCUGAUGUGCAUUACUGGUGCCGGCGCCUGGGUUAUCAUCCAGCUUAACGAAGACUCGUUCGUACGGGUUCUGGUAGCCGGAUUCGCCAUCAUUAUCGGGUACAUUCUGUUCAAGAUGCUCGGCGAAAAUACAGUGACUGCUAUCGAGCGGGCUAAGGUGAGCUCGAUCAAUAUCGUUACGUCAGCCAGCGAUUUACACGCGUGCAGUACCAACGGAAGUCGAGAUGAUGGCGGAGUGCACGAAAAACUCAACACUAUCUGUCAGGAUGUUGAGUGCAAGUAAACGAGUGAAGGUGUGACUGAUUCAAACAUAUAUAGCGUGUAGAUAGCAGCAGGACGACGUUAACGUGUGCAGUGCAGAAAUUAUGUUCAAAAACAAACUCUUUAGUUGACAGCAAAACGCGAAUUUAAUAACUGUAAACUCCCCACAAAACCACACCGGUAAAUAUUUAAUAGGAAAGUUUUAGUGCUUUUCCUAACCUGAUUAAUCCAAUCAUAUGCAGAUGUUUAUGAAGAAAGCUUUUUAUAUGUAUACUUUAAAAAAUCAGAAGCAAACUGUCGAGCAAAUGCGAACAAAUUACACAUUUGAAUAGGGUAACAGAAAAAGAUACAAUUCUGCAAAAGUUUUGUCCAGAUCAAUCGCUAGUAAAGUGCAGUGCUUGGAGCGAUGCAUUUAUGUUGUUGAUGUUGGCUGUUUUGUGUUUGGAUUAGUUGGAAAUUAUUUGAAAGUAACGUUUUCAAAACUCUAACAAACGUCUUAUUGGAGUGAUUUAUGAAACAAAUAUUUAUUAGAUUUUAAAUUUUACUUUUAACGUGAGCUCUUAUGCCAAAAACAGAAAAAAAAAUCUGAUGAGAAAACGGAAAGCGAACAUCACUUUUUGCAAAUUUCAACAAGUGACACGUCAUUUGCUCAUUGCUAUGUAGAUGAUAGACGAAAGAAGUGUUUAUAUUAGGAAACUUUAUUUUAGUUUGUACGACCUGAUAUUAUGAUUUUUCUUUACAAUCUUGGUUUAAAUAUUAACCCAACAAUGCUAGCGAUACUUACUACUUUAUAAUAAUAUAUUAUAAUACAACUAUUAGGUACUUCUACUUUAAAAGUAAUAGUUAUAGAGACUCUUCUUAGAUCCGUACUGAAUAUAAAAAAAAUAUUUUGUUUUUUACCAUUGUUGAAAACUGAUCGGAAAAGUAACUGCUACUGUCUUACAUCAAAGAUUAUCCUCAAUCAACUGUUUCUGACUUCACUCUAUGUACGUCACCCUACCGAAUCACUGAAAGCAAAAGCACAACAUCGACAGAUCCUGGUUGGUUCUUUGGUUCUCGAAUUGUCCACAUUUCAUUCGAUUCAUAAUUUUCUUUCAUUUUUGCACCAAUCUUAUUGCCUCAUGCAUGUAAGAUUUUUAUUUGUUAACUUUUGUAACCUUGCAUUUUUUACUUUCCCAGUUUUAUAAUUCUUCAAUUAUAUUAAAAUACGGUAGAGGACAAAAAAACAAUUCAACAUUCGAAAUCCCAAAAUGUAACCAGGAUCUGUUAAGGACUGAAUAUUUGACCGUGAUUGAAACGAUUUUCUUUCGAAUGGAAAAUUUAUGUGUAGUAGGAAAUUUCUAUUAGGAUUGGACGGUAAAUCCACGGAAAGCAGUACACCAUUUCUUGACUUAGAAUUUAAUUAAAAAAAAAAAAUUAAACACCAAAGGCACCGUCGUUCUGCAUCAGAAGGGUUUGGUAACCGACUAGUGGAAUUGUUGAAGCAGCAAAGUUAUUUAGGUAGGAGAUAUGAGGUCAUCAAUGAUAGGAAAUCGAGUUAGUAGGUUGAAUUAAUUCGGUCGAUCUUUAAUUGCAAAAUUAGUGACCAUCACGAUAUGAUAAAAAAAAAAGAAGUUGCAAAGGUAAAAUGGUUCCGUGAUCUCGAGUGUGAUAUGGGCAGAAUGUAGAGUAACAUUUCGAAAAAUCCCUCCUGUGAUUUGGUUUAGAGAUCAACUCCAUUCGAAAGAAAAUCGAAAUAAAUAUGUAUAGUUUAAGAUACUUCAACUCCCCAUAAUUGUGUUUUUGUGUAUUUUUUAUCACUUUUUGUCACACCUUUUUUGUAUUGUUGGACACGAAAAAGAAUCCUGUAAGUUUUUUUAAACAUCUAAUAAAAUCUGUUUCAAACUAAGUUUUUCCCAACCAAUCAUUUGAUCGAAAGUUAGGUACUUUCGCAUAAAUAAAAAGUUUAAAAGAUCUUGAAAAGUUGUCGACAUUACAAGCGUUUCGUGUAUCGAUAUGGAUGCAGUCUUCAGUCAGUCAUUAAUGUGUCCGUUUUUGUUUCCACUGUAAAGCUUUGUUUGGAAUCAGUUUUCGAUUGCACGUGUGUAAUAAGAAUUGAAAAAAAUCGUGAUAAUCUAAAAAGAUCAGUUGAUGCUAAUUGAUUAUUUUUUCUGAGAACAUAAAUGAAAAUUUAUAUUUUAUGUUUGGAGUGUUAGGAGAGGUAGAAAAUUUCUAUGGUUAGCAAUUGUUUGGAGAAUGACUACAAAAAGAAAAGAUUCAUCAAUAUUUACCGAAAAAGAAAAAAAACCUCCAGUCAACUAGAAGAGGUUGAGAUCGGAUCGUAGCUAUAUUUACUGGAUAUGAGAGAACAGAAACCAUUAUGAUCAAAUGCAUUCAAUGAACAACAAAAGCAUUAAUCUGAUGACACGAUUUUUCUCUGACGCAAACAAAUGUAUGAUAGGUACAUCAAACACAAUUCGAAAGUGAUUGGGAUUAUAAUAUGAAAAGAUAUAACGAAACAAAAUUGCAUCCGGACAAAUAUCAGAGUUCUAUUCUUAAUUAUUCAAAUAUAUCCUAUUUGAAGCAUGAAUAAACACAAGUAUCUUCUAAAAAUGAACCGAACGUUAGGCCUCGUUUUCACAAAAUUUCUAAUGGGAGUUAUUAAGCAAACACUAGCGACACCAUGUCCUCCAUAGAAAAGUUUCGAUUAGUUAGGGAGCUUUUGGAAAGCUUUCGAAAACGGCCAUACAUUUGUCCUAACUCCGAAACGUCAAAAAAUUUACCUGGCAAGGCGGAUUGAUGCGUGCAUAAAUGAAAUGUUGCACGCAUUAUAACAGUCGAAAAAUCGAGCAGUUCGAGCUUUUGUCUGCCUUUGUCUCCCUAAACUAAAUUCACAUAUGGUGGAAAGAGAAGCAUAUUGUUUGCCAGAUUUGACAGCUUAUUUGAAAGCUCCUGAAGAGCCUUCAACUGUUAUACAGACAUCAAAAGUCUACAUCUAGGGGCUUUUUCUAUUGAUGUGUGCAAUAAAUGCACUCAAAUUAUGAUUUUAAAAAUCAUUGAAUAUAGUGUUUUAAAACUUCUAUGAGUAUAAAAACAAGUUCAUUUCAUUUUAAAAAAAAUAUUCUGAUAUUUUGUAACUCUAAAUUAUCUUGAAAAGUGUGUAGAUUACGUAAAAAAUUUUAAAGAUGAACGCAUCAAUACGUUUACAUGAAUGGUGAGUUUUGUGAAAAAGCGGCCUUAGUUUGAUCAAUUCCUUCGAAAAUGCCCCCUCGACAAAUAAAAAGCUUAAACAAAAAAUGACUAAAAGAUAAAAUAAAGCUUAGUCCACACUAGGCCACUUGAACUGCGUUUUUUUUUGUGAAACGAACUUUAUUGUCUGUUUUUGUUGGAAACCUGAGACAGUCUCAGUGUUUCCCGAAUAAAAUGGGAAAGGCUGAGACCGUCUCGAGACGAACUGUCCCCUUGUCUAGACUAGCCUUAAGAGAGAACAUGACAAAAAAAUUGAGAAAAAGACAAACAUAAACACAAAAAAACAACAAACAAGACAGAAAAAAACAAAACAGAUAAAAAAUACAAAAACAAAACGCAGUUCUCGUAUCUUUAGUCUAUAUUCUCACUUCUUUUUUUCAAUUAAUUUAACGUUCAAUCCUCAUUGUUCAGAAUUCAUCAGCGUUCAACUUCAAAUUGCCAGUGAGCUUUAAUGUUGGUAGAAACCAUUGCCUUAGAGACGGGAAGAAAACCCCGUAUCCGAACUCUUCAACGGUUAUGACCCCGAACAUUUGGUCCUUCGAGCCGGAUAAUUUUCGGACAAUACUUUCAAGAUCAACAGUGUUAUUAUUCUACACAUCUUUAUUGACCUUGUUUAGUGCUCUUCGGGGAGCGCAAUUUUUUGUAGCUUACUUUGCUGUUUUCAAUCGAUCCUUCAUAUAUCGUUACAAUUUUUCGAUAAGGAAUGAAAUAAAAUUACAAUUAAAUGAUAA